AGUACAUAUAUUUAUGACGGCGAUGUGGAGAGGGUGACCAAAAAAGCCACUGGCUCCAGUGAGGGUGGAAUGGUGCAUGAAACAGUUGAAAGGUCAGUCUGAAUUGUGUGUAUAAUAUUCUAUGAUGCAGCAAUGCUGUAUACUCCCUAUCUUUAUUGAACUCAAUUUGGUAAAAAAAAAAAAAAUAAUUGGCUGAAAAAUCUCUCAGUCAACAGUUUGCUGGCAGCUUUUUACUGACAGUUUUUAGAGAGUGUACCAGUUAACAUUUCUAUGGUAUGAAACAAGAGUUCGACAAAUUAGAGACAAAUGGUGUUUAAAAUUGAAGAAAUUAGGAGGCAGUAACACAAGUUAUAGUUACAAAUAAAAACCUCAAUAAUCUGAUAUUUUGUUUAUACCUGUGAGAAAGAUAGUAUUUCAGCCAUUUUGUCAAAGAUCUGUUUCAGCCUGAUUCAUCUAAAGUUGACAAGUUCUCACUGUCUUUUUACAGACAUCUCUUCUUAUUUAAUCAUGUCUUACUGGUUGGCAUGGUAAGUUGAUUUAGUGUGCGGUAUCCAAUAUUUAAUUUUUUCUCUUCCCCUGAACUUUCUGACCUUGUUUGAAAUAAUAAAGUACAAUAAAUAAAUUAAUUUUCCAUUAUUUAUGAUUGUUCCAUUAAUUGUUUUCCAGGCAUCGGAGAAUCUUAUAACAGGAAAGAAAACAUAUAAACUCAAGCACAACAUUCCUCUUGCACAAGCAUGGGUUACACCACCCAGUGCAUAUUACACUAGCCCACCAGAAAAUAGUAAGUUGUAAUGGAUAUUAAUGUCCCUUAAUACUAAUAAAAACCCCCAUUCUUGGGGACCCAGGGGCAGUCAGUCGGGCUGGCAGACAAAGUGCAACAAAAGUUUUUAAGCACGGGCGGAAGAGCCCCUGGGGACCGACUCUCACUUGACCAUUUCCAAACAGUCAAGUGAAUGCUGGCUCCAGAUUGGGCACAAAAAAUGCUUGGUAUUAUUGUGCCCAAUCGAGGAUGAAAAAACCCCUGCCCUGGAAUUGUGUAUUUCAAAGAUCAAGAAGAAUAAUUUUUAAUCGAUUUGCUUCCCCUGAAGAACGUUGAAAUCAGAACGUUCCUUGCCAAAUUUGUUGAGCUUGAGUUUUCCCACUCGUGGUUUAGGAUGGCUUGUUAACCAGCGAAAUCCUUCGGGAUACUGGCAAGUCACGAAAGGCGACCUAAGCCAAAUUAUUUCUUUCCUUCAUGAUUCUUUUUUGUUUAGGUCUAGCUUUUUCAUAAGGUUUUAGUAGCGUCUGGAUGCGGGCCGUGAUUUCUGAUAGAUUUUUUCUAUUCGGAGUUCCUGGGAGUUCGCCAGUUUUUGCCGAGCACAGCUAGAGUUCAGUUUUUUUUCUUUUCUUAUUGAAAACACCUUGACGAUGGGAGGUUAAAUAGCGUAAAUUUCAACUCGUACCCUUGACGACUGGCGUUGAAAUCACGAAAAUAUUGUCCUCGUCGAUUGACGACCUGCUUUCGGCAUGGGUUGGACUUCUGGAUGGGACACGGAUCUGGACAUGAGUAAACUUAUUAUACCUUGGAAUCAGGGAUAAUCAUUGGAAUUGUGUUAACUUUGAGACCUUGGAAACACAUUGCAAUUACUUUUUUAACCGUAUNAUUACACUAGCCCACCAGAAAAUAGUAAGUUGUAAUGGAUAUUAAUGUCCCUUAAUACUAAUAAAAACCCCCAUUCUUGGGGACCCAGGGGCAGUCAGUCGGGCUGGCAGACAAAGUGCAACAAAAGUUUUUAAGCACGGGCGGAAGAGCCCCUGGGGACCGACUCUCACUUGACCAUUUCCAAACAGUCAAGUGAAUGCUGGCUCCAGAUUGGGCACAAAAAAUGCUUGGUAUUAUUGUGCCCAAUCGAGGAUGAAAAAACCCCUGCCCUGGAAUUGUGUAUUUCAAAGAUCAAGAAGAAUAAUUUUUAAUCGAUUUGCUUCCCCUGAAGAACGUUGAAAUCAGAACGUUCCUUGCCAAAUUUGUUGAGCUUGAGUUUUCCCACUCGUGGUUUAGGAUGGCUUGUUAACCAGCGAAAUCCUUCGGGAUACUGGCAAGUCACGAAAGGCGACCUAAGCCAAAUUAUUUCUUUCCUUCAUGAUUCUUUUUUGUUUAGGUCUAGCUUUUUCAUAAGGUUUUAGUAGCGUCUGGAUGCGGGCCGUGAUUUCUGAUAGAUUUUUUCUAUUCGGAGUUCCUGGGAGUUCGCCAGUUUUUGCCGAGCACAGCUAGAGUUCAGUUUUUUUUCUUUUCUUAUUGAAAACACCUUGACGAUGGGAGGUUAAAUAGCGUAAAUUUCAACUCGUACCCUUGACGACUGGCGUUGAAAUCACGAAAAUAUUGUCCUCGUCGAUUGACGACCUGCUUUCGGCAUGGGUUGGACUUCUGGAUGGGACACGGAUCUGGACAUGAGUAAACUUAUUAUACCUUGGAAUCAGGGAUAAUCAUUGGAAUUGUGUUAACUUUGAGACCUUGGAAACACAUUGCAAUUACUUUUUUAACCGUAUCAAGAGUGUCUUGGAAAAUUAAACUUUCAUCUUGUAUUAAAACAUUGGAACUUUAUCGAACUUUGUAACCCUGGGUUCGACCCUGGAUAAAGCAAGCGGAUGUUUUGUUUUGUUUUGUUCCAUUAACCUAGAUAGAACGCCGUUAUGCUUCCAUAGACCAACGCGUCCCACGGAAAUGACUUUAGGCAUCUUGUUAAACUUACUUCUGCUUUGAUGUCCAACUUGUUGAUUGUUAUUACAUUACAGUGUUUAUUCUUGGAACACCAACUCAAAUCUACAAAUUCUUAGCACCUUCGGACAGAGAAAAAACAACAUGGGUUAAAAAACUUAAAACAUACAUUGAGAAAGAAAAGCAAGCAUUUGUUGAGGUAAGACAUUUGAUGCAAAUAUCACUGGUGAUAACAUUCUGUGUUAACGUCUUCCUACUUAUGAAAAUAUUUAAUGAUAUUCAUUUGUAAACUCUUAUUUUGAACUCAUGAAGAACUUAUGAGGAGAAAAAAAGAAGAUAUCAUUACUGUGAGGGAGGUUUAAAUUGCAGAAUGUAAUUAUCUUAAAAUUUUAUAAAAUUAUUAUAUUAUGAUAUUAUAUUACAAUCUUCAAGAAUCAUUUUUAGUCAAGUAGUUAUUAAUAUGAAAUAAUCGACUUAGUGGUGGUCUGAUAUUAUGCAUUAAUGUACACCUCUUAAUACCUUGAUUCUCUUCUAAUAUCUUCUAUAAGCAGACACUUUGUCAUGUUGUCCCAUUGACAUACAAAUGCUGUAUUUUUAACCGCCCUUUGGCUGAUACCUUUUGCAAGGGAUUGUUGAAGUAAGCAUAGCUUGAAUAAGAAAGGGUACUGAACAUUAAAAUAAUAUUAAUUACUUUAUUUGCCGCUUGCAGUUUUUUCAAGGGUUACCAGUUCCAGAUGAGCAGUUCUUGGCAGUUUCAAUACAAUCUAAAAUUGAUUAUCACAAGACAGUUGACCUAGGUAUAUUUUAUGUUGAAAUUCAAUAUUAUUAUUGUUAACCAUACAAUCAUACAGCAUAUUGGUACUGAUAUUAAUAUUAAAAUAUCCUACGGAACAAAAUAUCUUCCUCAAAGGAAAACAAUUAACCAAAUUGAAGUUUUUAAAGUAGUCAGACUACACUACUACAUGUUAUGUAAGUACUUUAAGUGAUGCAAGUAGUUACAGACAGUCAGCCAUUCAGUAAAUCAGUCAGUUAGUCAGUUGGUCAGUCACUGAGUCUAUCAGAUCAAUCAGUGAGUUAAUCAGUCACUUAUUUAGUCAGCUAGACAAUCAGUCAGGCAGGCAACCAGUCACUCAGAUGGUUUGUCAGUUAAUCAUUUAGCCAGUUAAUUAGUCAGUCAGUCACUUGCCCAAUCAGUCAUUUAGUUGGUUUAAGUCAGUCAUCAGUCAAUCAGUUUUUCAGUCAGCCAGUCGGUCAGUCAGUCAGUCACUCAUUCAGUCAAUCAUUCAGUCAGUCAGCCAAAAUCAGUCAGUUAGCCAGACAGUCUAUCAGAAAGUCAGUAAGUCAAUGAGCCAGCAGUCAGUGUUGGAGUACUCAGACAGUCAAUUGGUCUUGCACAGUCAGUCACUCAGUAACUCAAAGUUUAUCCAUUUCAAGUACUUAAAAAUAAUAUUAUCACCUUUUCAAUUUAGAAUUGAACCUGAGACAAGGUGAAGAAGUUCUUAUCAUUGGGAUCAAAUCUGGGGGUUUGUGGCUGCCAGUAAGUAAAAUUGUACUUUUAAAAGUGUUGCUGCCUUGGUUGUCCACCGUAAAAAUCACUGACAGCUACAAUGAGGGACAAAAGUGUUGAGACACUUCCGUAAAAUGGCCCCUUUUUGAAUAGUGGACUUACCUAUCCCCUUCCCCUGUCUACCUCCACCCCUCGCCCCCAAAAUCAAUGUUGUAUUUUGGACCCUCAAGUCUUUCUUUUACUUCAGACAACAUUGAUUCAGGGGGUGAGGGGAUUUAUGGCGUUUAAAAGGAAUGAAAUAAUAAAUGAAGUAAAUGUUUGAUAAAAGCAACUGUUCUAAACAAGUGUGUCAACUACUUUUGUCCCUGAUUGUCUGAAAUAUGUAUCUAUGUUUUCCGGCUAGAUUUUUGACGCUGCUGAAUUGUUGUGCCAUGACGUUACUCUAUGGGCCAAAUUGUUUGUUUACAGACAACCAUUUGUAAAUUUUCGUCCUGAUUUGUAGUACACGUACAGUAAAAUGUACUACGCGUAUGUCAUUACUUAAUCUUGUACUCCCGCGCGCGUUCCUGAUACCCUGUCGGGUCGAGAGGAAAUCAUUUGUGUUGUGAUCACUGCCGUUGCUGCGGAUGUAAUGUUUUCACAAGUAUUAACACUAGUGGAAAAACGAUGGAAACACCAAGGUACAAUGAAAAUUGUUCUUGUGUGCAUGAAUAGUCAACUUAAGAUAAUGAAAUACGGCAGAGUAACGGAGCGGACAUGCAUUAUUUUCGACACUGACUUGUGCAAUUGGUGAAAGGACGUGAACAAUAUACAGGAUAUGAACCUCACAAAUGAUGGGCCAGCCGUUUCUGCUAUGCCCUAUAAAUGUUUUUCUUUUUUUUUAGACCUUUUCAAACCUAACAGAUCCAAACCUUUAGCGUAGGUAGGCGUAGAACAGGUUAGGAAUGUACUUUUGUGAUGAUUUUAGAUGACCGCCUGCCAUUUAUUCAGUGGCAUGAUUUUUUAUUGAUGUUGGAUGGACAACUAGUUCAUUUCCCAGCUCCUAAAUCACAUAAUGCUAAAGAAAUUGUUUUCAAGAUAGACAGACCAGUUCGUAUCUCGCCUAAAAAACAAUUACUGUGGCCCAGAAGUUCACUUGAUGACAAGGAGAGCGGGAGUGGCACGUGAUCGAUGACGGCCGUGAGCUGGAAAAUUUUCCGUUUUCAUGCCCUAAUUCCUCAUAAAAGGCAAAAGAAGAUCUCGCUAUGUAGAAAGUGCUUUGCAAUACUUAUUCUUGGCGAGCAACAUUGCAGCGAUGUGGUGCAAAUAAGGAGUUUUAACGGUUAACCACGAGAAAACAUAUCGACAUUAAGAGGUCAUAACAGACUAAUGUUACUUUCCGUUUGCCGAAACGUGGUUAACCGUUGUAACACGAAGGAAGCAGUGUUUUCCUCAGUUUGAGCUGUUGUUUCUUUGAGAGUCAGAUACCAGUUCACGUUUUAAAGCUCUGCUUUCAUUUUUCCUGCCGACAAUAGAGAAAAACAGAGGGUUUCGCUUGAGAAAUGCAGUCCAAAUACUCAGACAUAUGCGCUGAUGUCACGCUAUUUGCGUUGCGUUAUCAUGUCACAGAGGGUGUCACCGGGUGGGAUUGAAAGUAAUUGUUUUCGCGUACACUUGUAAUAUUUGUUACGCUAUCCUUAGUUUUUUAUUAAAUUGGCCAUGAAUUUACCUUCACUUUUCCGUAGUUCCGAUAUUGAACGCAGUGAUGGCCGAUCCUCACUAACGCUCCAUAUUUCCGUGGCCGGCCAGUGACUAUCCCCAAUACGUGUCAAUCCUUACGCUACCCCUGAUUGUUUGCGUCUUAUCAAUCGGAUAAAGUAAAGAAAGAGGAAUAUUCACUUUAUUAAAAAUAUUUUCAGUACGCAUACUCUUGAAAUUCACCAAAAGUUGUACAUGUGCGCGAGUUUCAGCCUCAGUUUUUAGCUUGUAAACUAUAUCGCCGUUAAUUCUGGAUACCGCAGCCCUUUUAUUACGUCAUCACGUAAUUCGAAUUGGCCCUAUAUUUCGGUCGUGAAGAAGUCAAUGUCAACCCCACCACCAAUAACAUAAUUAUGUCAUUGAUUGCUUUAAUUUCAGUUAAAAUCAUUGUCAUACAGAGCUCAACUUGUGUGCAGUAGUACAAUUUUGCAUUCAGACAAUGAGGGACAAAAGUGUUGAGACACUUCCGUAAAAUGGCCCCUUUUUGAAUACUGGACUUACCUAUCCCCUUCCCCUGUCUACCUCCACCCCUCGCCCCCAAAAUCAAUGUUGUAUUUUGGACCCUCAACUCUUUCUUUUACUUCAGACAACAUUGAUUCAGGGGGUGAGGGGAUUUAUGGCGUUUAAAAGGAAUGAAAUAAUAAAUGAAGUAAAUGUUUGAUAAAAGCACCCGUUCUAAACAAGUGUGUCAACUACUUUUGUCCCUGAUUGUAGCUUGGAUUUAAGGCAUAUUUGCCUCUCAGUGUUGUCAACUGUUGCUGAGAUAUGAUUGUUCAAAGACAUAUAAAAUUAUAAUAUGCACUGCCCUUUCUGUUUUGGCUCUAAAGUCACUUAUAUUGUUAUGCCUGUCUUUAUCGGGCAGAAACAAUCUUGUUGGACAUUAUUACUUUGCACACAACUAAUAAAAUACACCCCCCAAAAUGCUGAAAGUUUAAAAAAUACCCUAAGCACUCAUUCAGCCUCCAGAUUUUUUUUACUAGGGUGCUUAAUAAAUGAUUCAAAGGUGUGUUAAUAAUUAAAAAUAAUAUGAUUAUUUUGUAGGGGUUAUAUGCUGUGAAUGUUUGUGAAAUUGAGUUGGCAUGGUAGGUUAUUUGCUUGAUUGUUUGUAUAAAAGCAUGUCAAUGUGUUAUUUCUGGAUGGUUAAUUAUUACACUGAUCAAUAAAAUAAUGAUUAGUUUUUUGUCUUUCAUGUAAAUAGUUUAAGUUUAUACCCUGUUUUUGACCUUAAAGUAUUCCAUUCAAAACAGACAUAGACUAUGAGUAGUCCCCAUUUUUCCUCAGGGAUAGAAGAGCGAGUGAAACGCGAUCACGUGUGAAAAUCACCCCACGUGAGAAAAGGCUACACGUGUCACCUUUUCUCGCGUGGGGUGAUUUUCACGCGCUCUCGCAUUACGCUCACUCUACUAUCCCUGAGGAAAAAUGGGGACUACUCAUCGUCUAAAACAGACAUAUCUGUGUAAUCUUUCUACAGGUGGCCUGGACUCCACAAAGGCAGAUUUGGGUGGUUUCCAGGUAAGAAAAUGAAUUCAGCAACUGAAUAAUGAUGACAUAUUAAUUUAGUUUUGAAAUGAGAUGAUUUCUGCAAGUUAUAGCUAUCGUCAACAACCUGGCAGCUAUAUUAGGAUAACUCACUGUCAGGUGAUAUUGUUGAUAUCUUUUCCUACAGCUCAAUGUGUAACUGGGUCUGAUGUCACAAGUAUCACUUCCACAAACGAGGUGAGUGCAUGGUGUUAACUGUAUAUAAUUAUACAUAAUAACAACUGGAAAGUUGUUAUUAUCGAGAGAUCUAACUUUAACUAACAACUUUACUAAUGAUAUUAAUAAUAACUUUAAACAAUGAUAAUAAUAAUAAGUAAUAAUAAUAAUAAUCCAUCAUUAUUUUCCUUUUUAACACAGUUUACUGUAGUUUAAAUCUUUGUCUUUUGAUGUUUUUAGUUUCAUCCUAUUCCUGUGGCUGUUGCGCUGAAUGUUAUAAAAAGAACUAUGAUGAAAUGGGUAGGUGAAAUUAUUGAUGGAUUAGCUGAGUUAAAUGGUUAUUGUUGUCAUGAGGAUGAUUUUCACUUGAAUUUUGCAUCUUCAAGCCUUUCUGGACAACUUAUCCAUCCCUGGAACAAUCAGUCUUUUAAGGAAAAGAUUGACACAAUAAUGGUAACACAGUGAAACCUCUAUUAAGCGGACACCCCCUAUGAAACAGACACUAAGCCGGGUCCUGAAAUUAAUGUCUUAUAUUCCCUUUAUAAUGAACCCCUAUUCAGCAGACACUUGUAUUAAGCGGACACGGACACUAAAAUAAAUUGUAUUUGGCUAAUUUCUAUUAUUAAAAACCUCUGUUAAGCGGACACCAGACUGAAUUGACAUAGUAGUUUUGCAUUAUGUCCUUUAAAUAUGUAUACAGUAGUCGAUUAAUAAGGAUAAAUCGAUACAUUUAGCUGUCAAUAAACUGUAGAUUAGACCAAUAUCUGGCCGUAUGAUUGUCAUCUGCAAUCAAAGUUCACCUAAAAUUCUUGCACAAAGUACAGCACAGCUUCCUUACCUUCCUUAACAACAUGGAACUUUAUCACAGUACAGAGUAACUGUUGAAUUUACAAACCUCUAUUAAGCGGACACCCUCUGUUAAGCAGACACUUUGGAAGGUCCUGAAGGUGUCCGCUUAUAGAGUUUUCACUGUAUCAUAAUAGAAAUGAAACAUUGAUAGAAUAAACUAAUCCAUGAAAUGCUGCUUUAUCAACCUUGUACCCAGUACCUCCUCUUCCCAUCUGCUUAAUCUGUUGCUUCAGGGAGCUCCAGGGGAUGGAAAGAAGUAAAAGUACUCUAGAAAUAUUUAGUGCUUUAAGUUAUUACCUGCAGAAUGCUGUCUGUAUAUAUUGAUGAACAAAUAUUAAAAAGUGAUUAUUUUUCUUUUUGACAGACCAGCAGCAGUGCUGCCAUUCCAAUUUUUGAGGAUCCAAUGACAUUAAAGGUUUUUAAACCAGACAAAACAUUCAAGGUGAGAAAUGUCUUUGAUUUUAUGAGUCACUGUCUUGCUCCAAGUUACUUUUAUAUUUUAUUAAUUUAAUUUUCACUCGAGUUUAUGCCAGCAAUUCUUUGUAUACCUGAUUCAUUUUUGCAGGAGGGUAAACAAAGUUUUUACUUAAUGUUUUACUUUCCUUUAGCUUGACUUUUGUUAUGUAUAGUGCAAGUGGUACUGUCAUACAAAUUAUUAUUUUCAUAAAUAUUUAAGUCUUCUCAAUAUUUUUUCUGUUUGCAGACUUGUAAAGUACAUACUGACUGUUUGGUUUCAGGUGUUUUGCAGUAAGUGUAGCUGUCAUUAUUUGACCAGAAACAAAAGUUCCAAUAAUAUUAUCAGAUGAAAUGAAUUAUUCUACAAUAUUUUGUUUUCUUUGUUUAUGGUAUUUCCAUGGCUCUUAAAUUUUUAGAAAACUCUGGUAUGUAACAGUGCUGUGACUGUUACUUGACCAAAGGCAAAUUACAUUCAAGCCGGUAUAAGGACUAAAUGUUUGCAAUUAUAAAGACUGGACUAGUAAAUUUCAUGUAUUGAACAAGUACUUGACAUUAUAUGCUGUUGAUCCUAGUAAUGAAUUGUGAAAGCUGCAAAACAUUUAAGUGAAUAUUACUAAAAAUGUUUCAUUGCUUCAUUGUAAUAAGGACUGUGAUUAUUUGAUGAAUAUAGAAGUAUAGUCAAACCCUAUCAGUGUCCACCUCUCCGCCCGGGUUACUUUUUUCAUCCUGGCUGACAGUCCAUACAUUCACUUACACUUUGCUUUAUUGUUAAAUGCCUUCUUUUGUUUUUAUUGUACAGCCAAUACACAAGGCACAAGAGUUUUGUUGGGGGAAAUAUUGAUGUAGCAGUGUUAGAAUUGUGGGAAGAAUCAUUGGAUGGUUCAGGUAAGAGCGCCAUCUGUCUUGGCUGUUCAAAAUGAUGAUGUGGAAGAUGUGCUCCUUGAGGCAGAAAGGGAGCACCCACCCAUGAUGACAUGCAGCUUCGUUUUCACCUAAGCCCCUGAGCUCCCAGGGUCAAUGUCACCUUGUGACUUACGCCAAGGUGAUCCCAUUAACAAGGUAGUAGUUGACAUCAACAGAUUGGGAGUUACAUUUACUUUUUUUCCAUCGCUGUUGAUGGGAAUAAUUUUUAAUGUUGUGGUAGUCUUGUGACAUGGAAGAAUGUGUCAUGAAGCCUUUUGCCACUCACCCUUUCAAUAUUAACAGUGUCAGAAAAAUUAAUUCCAUGCUCUGGUACCUAGAAUCUACAAGAGACUAGUCUAAGGAGCUGUGAGUGAAUUGUGAAAAGUGCUUAAUGAAGAUGAGCGAAAGCUUAUUCAUUUAUGCCAGGGCUUCCUUUAACAGCAAAAGACUUUCACUGAUAGUAAAAGUCUUUCUUGUACCCAAACCUUGCUUCAAUCAGUCUUUGACCCCCUUCUCGAGAGUUUUUUUAUCCAGCUGACCACGCUCUGACAAGCAAAUUGUUGCGGGACAGGUAUAAGGUUGUGGAUAGGGCAAAAGGGAUUACAGAUAUCUUAAAUCUGCCAUCAUUGCCAUGCAAAGCACACCUCACCCCUCCCAAAAUAGCUCCUUUUAAAUGCAGUAAAAACCUGCGACUAAGAACCUGGUUUUUAAGAACCUAAGGCUAAAACUUGCCAGUUAAACCGCCUCUAUAUAAGAACCUGUUUAGCCUAAAAUUUGAAACAGGUUCUUAUUUUCUAAAAUCUAUAAAAACAAAAAUUCUGUACAGUUAAGCAUAUACGACAAGUCAAAAUUCAGGAUCCUCUUUGGAGACGUAGGUGCCUUAUUACUCCAACUGCAGUUGUAAUGGUAUACUGGUUUUACCCAAGGAAUGAGCUGAAUACCGCUAAAAUAAUACUGUUAGCUACAAUGUAUUUUUUUCUUUCAGAAAAUUAGAACCUAUUUAAGAACCUAAAUAGCCUAAAUUUAUGCUAAUUAUCAUUUAUGUAAAAACCUGUCUAGGCUAACUUGGGAAAAUGGAGGUUCUUAGUUGUAGGUUAUUACUGUAUUGCAGCAAGUAUUGUGUAGUUUUUGUUUCCUUUGACAUCCAAGUUGAUUAUUCAUUCUACCAGUUACCUAUUAAUAUUAAUAUUCCAGUGUGUGACAAACGCAGACUGCAGACUGCAGACUGGCAGGUAAACGAGCAAACACUGUUGUGAGAUGAUUUAACAGAUUCCCUAUCCCUAAACUUUAUGGGCCAGUUAUUUAAACGGAAUUUAGCCAUUGUUUAACAAAACCGUGUUCUAAGUCAUUUUCACUUUGCCCAGUGCUUUUAUCUAAACACCAUUUAUCGUUUACAGUUUUGUUAAAGCAUAUAGAGUAGACAAGAAAAGCAUUUAUCUUCUUAAAUUGACCCACUAAGGGAGAGAUCUGGAGGUCCAACACCGGUGUAAGAUAGACUUUGUUUAAAUAACCGAUCUUAAGUCUUCUUAAAGGCUUGUUUUAAGGAUAGGAAAUCAGUUAGAGCAUUCCACAACAAUGUUUACCUUGUUUGCCUGCCAGUCUACAAGUUUGCAGUCUGCGUUUGUCACACACCGCUAAUAUUCUUAUCUUUAAUAUUCAGUACGAAGAUGCCUGGACCCUGACGAAAAGCUGGUGGAUAUUUUUACAAUGUGGGGAAAGUAUCAGGUAAACAUAAUUUGUUUCCACACCAUUAUUCACUAAUUUGAUGGUUUGUUGUGUAUUUACCACACACUGAAAUAACACCUAAUUAACAGUAAUUUUUGUGAGAGCAUUGUACUGAUGGCUUGAAAACACAGAGCCCUAAAUUUGUUCGGGCCUCACUUCAAAGUCGCUUAAAAUUCUUUCAUAACUGCAUGGGCAUUUCUUCAUAUAAAGGUCGAUGAAUGAUAUUUAAUGUGAUUAAGGGUUCUAGCUGUGAAACAUGGGCAGGAAUUUAGGGCUUUCCUGGCUAUUUAUUAUUUGUUGGGCCAUGAAGGCCAGAAAAUCCUGUUGUUGUUAUUUUCAAGUCUGGAAAGCCAUGCUAUUGUGUCUGUGGUUACUGCAAUAACCUGGCCUUGACCAUCCUUUUCCUGAUGCAAGGGCAGUGCAGCUAUAGUAAUUUUAUUUGAUUGGAAUUAAAAGAUUUACUAAAUAUUAAAUGCUCAUGUACAAGUUGCACUAUACCUCUAAAUAAAAGAAAGAAAACAGACCCACAGUUAUUAUUGUUGAAACACUUGGCCAUCAUUACAUGUAUCUACCGACCAGAAAAAAGCUUAAGUAAUUUACUUGCCGUCAUAGCACAAACAAGCACAAAGAUGUCAAUACUGUGAGCACCAGUAAGUGGAAACUCUGAAGCCAAUCCACUUUCGCUUAAUUAUUUUCCUUUUUAGGACAAGAUGAAGCUUGUUAUUCACAGUUCAAAAGAAGGACAAAAAACCCUGACUAAGAAGAGCAAGAAGGAUUCUAAGGACGAACCACCAACAGGAGAUCUUAUCACCUUUGAUUAG